CAUUCUAAUUAUAGGGGUCUAAUUUCCAUCUCCAUCGAAGUGGCUAAUGUACACAUUAUUUAUCACGCUCACAAUAUAGAAUGCUGCAGGAACCAGAAAUGAUAUAUAUAUAUAUAUAUAUACGUAUAUGUCAGUUAAUGCCGCUGUUGAGUGUCUUUAAAAAAGCGGUUGCUAACAAGUGGCUAAAUGAGACUACACAUCCUUAUUGUUCCGACUAGUCCAUCAUCGCUGCCCUGUUGUGUAUACUCAUGCGUCCGUGGUCUAGUCUGACGAUUGCAUCCACGCUUCAAAAAUCAUAAAAGUGGUGUUCAUUUGUGAGGAUUAUCUUGCUGAACUAAAUUUGGAUGUAUCAUAAACAUAUGUUUACCACAGAGCUUAUUUCUGCAAUAAUCCAAAGGAAAAAUGACAUUGGCUUUUAUCAAGGGAACCAGUGCGAUGCUAACUGUUGGUCUACAGAAAUAUGUCAUCCCUGCACCACUCUAUUCUACUCAUUAGGCAACUGAAGUCUGAUUAUUAUUCCUUGAAUUGUAGGAAGAUGCUGGUUCCCAAUGUCUCUUAAAUAUGCAAUUUAGUGGUUCCUAAAAACACACUUUCAUACAGGCUUAAUUAUAUUUAUUUAUAUUUAGCAUGUCGAAAAGCAAGUGAAAAAAAGUUAUAUUAUAGUAUGUCAAAACAGUCAUCAAUGUAUAAAUAGUAUAUAUUGCAUGUUGAUAAGAGUAAUAAACAAGACAUAUAGUAUAUCAAAAAAGUCAGAGUAUAGUAUGUCGAAACAAAUCACCAAAGUUAUAGUUAAGCACGUCAAAAAGUCAUGGUAUGGUAUGUCAAAAAAAGUAAUUAAAAGAAAGAGUAUACUAUAUUUAAAAAAUCAUCGUAAACAUGUCAUUAAAAGUCAUAAAAAAGUAGUAGUAUAGUAAGUCCAAAAAAGAUCAUUGUAUAGUGUUUUGAAAAAACUCAUAAUGAGUCAUAGUAUCGCAUGUAGUACAUUACCUCGCUACAGAGAUGAGUCCUAUUUCUCUCCUUACUGAACAAAAAAUAAAACCUGUGCAUAUACGUCAAGAAAGAAAGGCAGUUAAAUGCUCAAGCUGGUCAGGUGACAGCAAAAAAAAGCGGUUGCAGUGUAUGUGUUUGGUCAGGUGACCCCCAGUUGCUAUGAAACACUGAUACCAAACACAAGCUCCUCUGUGGAGCACAUUAAUUAUCAAUUCAGCUACCACAGUGAACGCACCACUCUUUCUUUUGACUAGAGAGAAUCCUUCUGAUAACCAUGUCCUCUUUAUUUGAUCAUGGGUUGAUCAGGACUGCGGUGGUGGAGCAGGUGGUCGCCCCAAUUGCAAGUAAUUUAUGCCACUUGGUGCUGUUGUGUGACAGUGCAGAGGAACCUGAGCAGUUCUGUCAGCUGGAGGGCGCAGCUCAGGCUGUGGCUAAAGCUACUGGGAACAUGGCAGCAGUGGCAUCCAGGUGCGUACAUUGGGGAGUUUCCUGAGGUGUAGAAGAGACCGAUAGGUGUAAUGUAUUAUCAGAUUAACACCAUGGCUCUUUACUUCCAGGCAAAUAAGUGACACAGAGGAUGAGGUUUUGCACAUGGAGAUGUCGUCCCUAUUGGAGUCAGUCACUGUGUCUGGACAGCAUGUGCUGCUGGCAGCCCAGAAACUCAGCAUUCAGCCCGGUUUGACUGAGCACAGAGAGGAACUCAUCACUGCAACACAAAACGUCUUCCUGGGAGUGGCCAAAGUUCUGUUAGUGGACGACGAUGCUCUUGUCAGGAGAGUGGUAGCUGCUGCUGAUCGGGUUUUGGAGUCCCUCUCUGAGCUCGGCUCCGCACCAGACAUCAAGUCUCUGCUCAAAUCUUUCCGGGUGUUUUCUGAGGCUUUGCUUUUCCUCAACAGUCUGACAGUUGAGAGAGCAAAUGCCUUACGGGACCCCAGACAAACGAAACAGCUCCUUGAUUCCCUGGAGACCCUGAGGAGGUGCAUCUCCAUGCUGCACACGGCCACGUGCACAACCAUCAAACACCCCACUAGCGAGCAGGCGAAGCAAGCCAAGAGGUACAUUCUGGACAAGGUGCACAGCACAGUGAGUGACGUUAUUAUGACUCUGAAAAGUGAAUGCCACAGUGGAUCACUGGGUCCUUGCGGGUAUUACACAGGGAGGAGGAACAGUCUGUUGCAACUGCUCACUAGUUCCCCCACCUCCUCACUCCGAGGCAGUGGCUUUGACAGUGUGGUGAGAGAUCUUGUGUUUCACUCUAUGGUUGUGGCAAACACUUCUCGUAGAGAGCUUCAACAAAGAGUGGUGGGUCAUUGUCGUCACAUCCUGCAGUUCUGGUCAGACACAAAAAGGAUUUUCAAGUCCACAGAGGAUGAUACGGAGCAGAGCCUUGAGAGUACCUGCACUUUGCUGGUGCAGCAAAUACAAUUGCUUGACAAAGCUAUGACGACUGCUGUUCUUUAUCAAGUCUUGGACGCAUUUCCCACAGCAUCGUCGACAGUUGAGGAACUUUUAAGCGUGUCGAGACAGAUCCUGGGUGCACAUUCCUCUACAGAGACGGAUCUGUCCUUUAUUCAGUCACAAGUCGAGGAUGUCAUAUCUUCCACUGAUAGAAUAAUCAAAGUGACAAAUUUCAUCUCAGCCGUCGCUGUCGAUGCAAAGAGUUUGGAGAGCGUGGAGAACUCACGAGUGAGCCUCGCAAGGCUCAGGGCUCGGCUUUCACCUCUGUCCCUGGAGCUGGCCGAUAACUCAAUGCAAACUGUUCAAAAGAUUCAUGAGGUGUGUGAAAAAUGGGAGGAGGAGACUAGUCAGCUUCAGGAUGCUCUCAGUGAUGUAAUGGAUGUGAGGGAGUUCACCAGUAUUGCUAUUGAUGAGGUAGUCAAUGAUCAGCAUGGAUGUGACUCAGCGUACAGAGAGCAAAGCUUUCAGCUGUUUAAUGAACAUGCUGCAAACCUUAUUUGUCACAUGAAGCUGGUGGUUCACUCAGUGAGGAGGCACUUGGACAGAAGCGAUAACCCCAUCCACAGGAAUGGUCUGCUGGUCCUGCUGAAACAGGUUCAGUCCUCUCGAACCAAAGUGAGUGAGUCAGUCAGAGAUAUGCUUUUAGGUUCCAGUCUAAACGUGGAGGCAUAUUCUACUUUUUCAGGUAAUGUUUCCGUGGCUAUUCAGCAUUUGAAAGUGCUCAGAAAUGGACUGGACGGCCAACAGCAUCCACAUCUCCUCAGCCCGCUGCGAGAAGCAGCACGUCAGCCUGAAAUCUCACGGCCAUGUGUGCCUGUCAAAGACCCCUGUGUACUGAGCCCGGAUCAUAUGUUAAGAGGCUGUCAUGUUUUAGAGGUUAUGGAGAGGGAUUCCCAAACCGAACAUGAGGAGGAACACUCACAUGAGGAAAGCAUAGAAGCAGAACUGGCUCAUAAAUAUGACUUUGAUGAUUUACAGAUCCCAGCUGUCUCCGUUGAGCCCAAACUGAUCCACAAACCUCUCGAAUUUGACCUUUUACCCCUCUUGUAUGAAGUUGUGACUGUGACUAAAGGGAAAGACGUGACAGCACUCAACCGGGCCUGCACUGGUGUUUUUGAGCUGUCAAACUGUUACGCCCAAGCUGCAAAGGAAGCCGUGGCCAUUGUUGAUGCAGUUGAUUGUCAGACGUUGGAAGGUUUUAGGGCAGAGCUGGUGUCAAUGACUCCGCUGCUCGUCCAAACAGCUCAAGAAACAGCAAUGAGCUCCGCAAUGAGCACGGUGAGCGUCUACAAACACAGCACGCAGUUUACUGACCUUAUCAACAACACCCGAAAGGUUUUACUGCCAGUAGCUGGAACCUGGUAUACUGCUGUUUACACUGAGCUGCAAGGAAAUCUGACGACAACGGCGGCCACCGUUACGCAGCAACUAAAUGAAGUGAUGACUUUAUGCGCUGAAGUAGUCCAGCUCUUGACAUCGUCUGAUUUAACCUCCCAAAGCGACGGCCAAGAAACAUUCAGCGUUUUACACAACAAGCUGAACAAAGCCCAAAACAACACAAAGUAUCUGAUUGAGGUUUCCACCUCACUGGAAGGACAGGUGGAUCAACUAGAGGGGCUCUGCAUCCUCUGGGGCCUGUCUAUUCAGGUUUUGCUGAAUUCUCUUGAUAAGAUUUUGGGAACGUCAACUGCAAUGAACCAGUUGAGCCCUCAGAAACAGCUAGCGGUGUUGUCGGAGAACUCGCUUCGAAUCCAAGAGGCCGCGAGGUUGACCAGCCUGAGUUGUAGAAGUGCUUACAAAUCCAAACAGUUAACAGGAUACCAGGAUGAGCUAAAAACCCUGACUCAGGCCUAUCUCAAAGCUGCGGAGGAGCUUGACAUCAUGCCUAGUGUCAUGCAACUUGCAAAAUCAGAUUUCUUCCAGAGACACCUUUUGAUUAAAAUCAGAGUGCUUUCUUCUCAUUUAAGCAAGGCAAAUAAUGAUUACGGCGCGGCACUUCAAAAUAUUGUUAGCAUUGCUUAUUUCGCUGCUGAACACUUCAGAGAGAACAACACGGAGGAUGUGGAGAGAAAAUUUGACAACGCAGCUGAAACGCUGUUUGAAAAUGUCAAAACUGCGACCAAAAGAGUCGAGGACUGCUUACACUUCAUCUGCAACCCACACGCUCGUUCCAACCUGAGGUCUAUCAACGACCGCCUGUCUUUUCAGAUCUCAGAUAUAAUCAGCAGGGCGAGGCUCGUGGUAGAGACUCACUAUAUUUGUGACACACUCAGUCUGGACGUGCAGAUACAGUGCUGGUCAGCCAAAGCUCACUAUGUGGUGGAGGAGAUCAGGAAGCAGGAUGGGAUUCACCAAGAGGCUAAAGAGCACAUCGGGGCUGGUCUACGGGGCAGAACACCUGAGGAUAUCAAAGAAGUGUUGGCCACAGUCCCAUCUAAAGUCAAAGAAGUGGAAUUUCCCUCUGACAUGACAAUGACAUCAUGGCAGAGAGGCAACACAGAAAGCACAGAUGCUGCAGAACCAAAUGUUAAUGUGGCAAUCGUGGCAAAAUAUGGACCUGGAAAUAUUGAAAAUGACGCUGUCGGAUCUGGCACAUACAAAGAGACUCUUUCGCUGACUUUCACGUCCCUUUCUCUAAAGCAAGAAAGUGACAGCUGGGAUCCCAAAGACAACAAAAUUGUCCAGAUGACCAGGAAGAUGGCUGACACACUGUGUCACAUGACCAAGUACCUGAAGAAGAAAGGUCCAAUACUGAAUAAAGAGGCAUUUGUCACUGCAGCCAAAGAUGUGCUCUCAAACUGCCAGUCGGUCACUCAGUUCAUCAGAGUAAUUGCCAACCACUGCCUGGAUAAACAGUGCGCAGUUGAACUCUCCCUCAUAGUUGAGCAGAUUCUCACCAUCACUAACCAGCUCAGCAUCAUCUCCAGUGUCAAUGCUGUAACACCUGGGUGCAAAUCCUCUGAUGAGAUCCUGGUGAAGAACGCGCAAAAUCUGCUGCAGACGGUCCUGCGUGGGGUCCGCGCUGCAGAGACGGCCUGCAUCACAGGUUUGAAGCAGCCGGAUCCAAACUCAGAUGGUGCAGAGGCUACAGCCUUGUGUUUCCAGUGGAGGAGGAAACUGGAGAUCCAUCGAGCCCAGCAGACCUCUAACCCAGAGACUGAUGAGCUGGGUUUGAGGAAGACCUCGACCCACCCGGCAGCACCCAGUCUCGCCCCGCCAGUUGGCUUUAAGUGACCCCUUCAAAGCACGAGUAGUAUUUGUGUCUCAAGAAAUAAGAAGCAUCACAGAUUUAGUUUUCUAUUUGAUAUAAUAAUGUGAAACCCACUUAAUCCAGACAGAGCACUUCACAGACUGUCAUGUUCAAGGACAUUAUACAAGGAAGUAUAAAAUAUUUUGUGUCGAUGCUUAGAUUUGAUAUAAUGCUGGACAUGUCACUGAUUGUGUGCACGCUAAAAUGAGACGAUGCAACUCGAUGUGUGACUUUGAAAUAACAUAUUGUAUGUUUGAUGUCUUUAUUUCAGUUAUUCAUAAUAAAAUCACUGAAAAGUGACAAGUAUACAGUGGGUACGGAAAGUAUUCAGACCC